UUCCCGGGCCAAGGCCAGAAGUGCACCCUGGCCAAGCUGCCAACGCGGGGUGCUUCUGGUAGCAGUUGUCUCAGUACGUUCCUCCCGGGACCAGGAAGAUCUUGGGUACUUCCCCCGCACUUGAAAAAGGAUACAACAGAAGAGGUUCGGAAGCCUGUUUUCCAGACUCUGAUACUGUCUGCCAGAGAAAAUCAGCUCUCCCUGGAAGGACGAGCAUUACUUCAGGAGAGGGUUAUGGUGAAGAUGAAUUCAGAAAAUGCACGUCCGGCACCAAGCAGAGUGUCUGGUGUCAAGUAGGAGCUCAGUGGGCUCUUGCUCUCCAGUCAGACUCAGCUCCCCAAGGACAGACACUGUACUGUCCCUUUUCCCAGCCUCGCCCACAGCAUGAUCAAGCACCAGGCUGGCCACGAGCAGGCACUCAGGAAACACAUGUUGGUGCCCAGUUGCUCAGACUGGUGACCAUUCACUGGACCCUUCCUGAGCUGAGUCAGAUGAUGCUAGCGGCUGUCCGCAGUUUUAUGUGUGAGCAGGAUGGAGGCUGACCUGUCUGGCUUUAAUAUCGAUGCCCCCCGUUGGGACCAGUGCACUUUCCUAGGGCGGGUGAAGCAUUUCUUCAAUGUCACGGACCCCCGCACCGUCCUGGUACCAGAGUGGGAGCUGGACUGGGCCAAAGUGAUGGUGGAGAAGAGCAGGAUGGGGACCGUGCCCCCAGGCACGCGAGUGGAGCAGCUGCUCUAUGCCAAGAAGCUGUACGACUCGGCCUUCCACCCUGACACCGGGGACAAGAUGAACGUCAUUGGGCGGAUGUCCUUCCAGGUCCCCGGGGGCAUGAUCAUCACGGGCUUCAUGCUCCAGUUCUACAGGACGAUACCGGCAGUGAUCUUCUGGCAGUGGGUGAACCAGUCCUUCAAUGCCUUAGUCAACUACACCAACAGGAAUGCAGCUUCCCCCACGUCGGUCAGGCAGAUGGCCGUUUCCUACAUCACUGCCACAACCGCUGCGGUGGCCACUGCUGUGGGCAUGAACACGUUGACAAAGAGGGCCCCGCCCCUGGUGGGCCGCUGGGUGCCCUUUGCCGCUGUGGCUGCGGCUAACUGUGUCAACAUCCCAAUGAUGCGACAGCAGGAACUCAUCCAGGGCAUCUGCGUGAAGGACAGGAACCACAAUGAGAUUGGUCAUUCCCGGAGAGCUGCGGCCAUAGGCAUCACUCAAGUGGUUAUUUCUCGGAUCACCAUGGCAGCCCCUGGCAUGAUCCUGCUGCCGGUCGUCAUGGAAAGGCUGGAGAAACUGCGCUGCAUGAAGAGAAUCCGGGUGCUGCAUGCCCCAUUGCAGGUUCUGCUGUCCGGGUGCUUCCUCAUCUUCAUGGUGCCAGUGGCAUGUGCGCUGUUCCCGCAGAAAUGUGAAUUGCCAGUUUCCUAUCUGGAACCAGAGCUCCAAGACACUAUCAAGGCCAAGUAUGGAGAACCUGUGCCUUAUGUCUACUUCAAUAAGGGUCUCUAAAUGCCCCACCCCAGCAAGGACCAGUCCAUACGUAUAUUUACCAGCUCCUCCUUAGCCACUGUGGAUUCCCGUGCCUCAUUCCUCUUUGCCAGCAGGGCCUGUAGGCCAGGGUGGAUUUUGGGGGACGAGGGUGGGGGUGAGAGGAUGCCUCAUGCUUCUACCCAGGCGCCUGGGUUUAUUGGACUCCAGGGGAUAAACGUGAACAAGGGGAGAGAGGCCAAGUCUUCUAUCUGCUCUCCCCUGACCCCUGUCCCCUGGAGACCAGGAGCUGAGACCCCCUCAGGGAGAAGGUGCUGAGACCUGGGGGUGACACUCAAGCAAACCGUUUGGAAAAGUUAGGAAACCUUUAGGAUUCUGGUUCCAGCCAGGAUUGAGGAAGGGCCCCUCUUCUCUUCCUCCUCAUCGGCUCUUAGGCAAGGGAACCUUUCACCUGUGUAGUUCUGGCUCCUUCAGGAAGUGGGAGGGAAGAGGCCAGGUCACCUUGGGGCUCCCCUUUGCUCUUCCCCACUCUCCUCCCCAGGGCCCCCUGGUCAGAAAGCUUCUCUGGGAGUCCUGCUAAAUUUGAGUUUAUCAGACUAAAACCCAGGAGUUUUAGUGCAAAAGAAAAAAAGGACAUUGUGUGAGGCAGCAGAGCUUUGUGGUGCUUCAAGCCCUACCUGUUGACACUGGCUUUGUUCUGCCCCUAAAAUCAUACCUGAUUCUAUUUCUCUGUGCCUAAAAGAGAAAAUCCACUGACUGUGAGUAAAAAGGAUGUAGGUAGGCAUUAACUGCACAUGUUAGUGGGUAUAAUUUCCUGGCUGCCUCCCUUCCUCAGCCCAUUGGGUUAAACACCAAAGAAAGACUGGUGUGUACUGAACAGGAAAGGGAAGUUUUAUUUGGAUGCCUCGGAGAGGAAAUCAACCAGGACCAAAGAGCCUUAAAGGACACACAGCAAAGCGCAGCCACUCACCCUUCCCAGCCUGGCUGCUCUAGGUGAUUUCUCAGGCCCUUGGGGGAGAGGGGGCUGUUGUGGCUGACCUGCGGCCAUGUCUGUAUGAGUUUUGUGUAGUAGAAUUUACUGACUGACCAAAGGAUAUCACUGUGAAUCGAAUGCAUUUCUGGAAAGAGCACAGCGAACUGUCUGCACACUGAGUUAAUAAAGCCUGGAUGGAAAGCAGGAUCUGGUUUUACUUUGGCCUUGGCAUGGAGGAGGGUAUCACAACUAUAAGGGGAAUCUGUCUGGUGCCCCGAGGCCGUUGUGCAUCUCCCUUAUUAUGGAGGAAAAAUCCACCUGUCUUUGCUUGAGGCUCCAGAGAUCUCCCAGUGUGGGAGUGUGUUGCUCCGGGGGAGGUGGGGGCAGGGAGUUGGCAAACCAUGGCUCAAGGGUCCAAAUCUGCCUGGUAUCUGUUUUUGUGUGUUUGGGAACUAAGAAUGGCCUUUACAUUUUUUAGAAGUUGUGAAAAAGAAAAAGAAUAUGUGAGACCCUGUGUAUGUGGCAUGCAGAGCCUGAAAUAUUUACUGUCUGGCCCUUCACACAAAAAGUUUCCCCUACUCUGGAGUAAUGGUCCUUAAGAACAUGCAUGAGGUUCGCCUGGAGGGCUUCUCAAAACGUGGAUUAUCGGGCCCCAUUCCUAGAAUUUCUAAUUAUGUGUGUCUGGGAUGGAGCCAAGUGAAUUUGUAUUUCUGGUAAUUUCCCAGUGAUGCUGAUGCUAUCAGUCUGGGGACCACUUUGAAGGACCACUGCUCUAAAGAGAAAGGGCCUCCUCCCUGAGGUCAGGAUACUGGCUGCAAUUUGAUUUUUCUCCCAUUUAAAAAAAUUAAAAUUCACGUGACAUAAAAUUCAUCCUAUUAAAGUGUACAAUUCAGUGGUUUUUAGCAUGCUCACAAUGUUGUGCAACUGUCGUUACUCUCUAAUUCCAGAAUAUUUUCAUUACCCCUGAAAGAGACUCUACUCAUUAGUAGUCACUCAUUACCUCAUCCCCCAGCCCCUUGCAACCCCUAAUUUAUCUUCUGUCUCUAUGGAUUUACCUAUUCUGGACAUUUCAUGUAGAUGGAAUCACACAGUAUGUGGCCUUCUGUGUCUGACUUUUUUCACUUAGCAUAAUAUUUUCAAAGUUCAUCUAUUCUGUAACAUGUACAAUUUAAUUUUGGCUGAUGUCUGAGCAGAAAAGUCUGUGUCUUGGAGCUGGCUUCCUUAGGACAGGAGAUCUGCCUUAAGCUUUGCUCAUUUCCGAAGGCAAAUAGGAAAAACAUUACCAGAGCUAGCCAGAGCUUGGAAGCAAUUCUGAACUGAUGUUCUCUCAAGAAUCCACAAUCUUCUCCUUUCUUUCCCAGCUCCUUAAGCCUCCUGGCAUUCCUCCUCUCUUCAUAGGCAAUUACUCUGUUGGAAAAGUCUGGAGUAGAUAGUGGUUGCAGUUCAGAGGCAGAUUAAAAAUAGUUCACUCAAACCGCAUCUCAGCUCUAUCUUGUAAGGCCUCUCUGCUUUCCUUGAAUUGGUUCCUGCGGGAUGUGGAAAGAAGUGAUUAGGGUGACUAAAAUGCCUUGGUGUGAGAAGUGCUAAUCCAGACUGAGCAGGGUGUAGUGUUUGUCCUGUCCAGUAGCUCAGUUCAAGCCCUCAGGUAAAGGGAGAAAAGAAAGUCAGGACAAAAUUCCCUUCUGUUUUCCAAAUUGAAACCAUUGGGGUUUCCUAAUGAUGAUGAUACCUGGCUUUUUUUUUUUUUAUUGGAGUAUAGUUGAUUUACAGUGUUGCAUUAGUUUCAGGUGUACAGCAAAGUGAAUCAGUUUUAGAUAUACAUAUAUCCACUCUUUUUUUAGGUUCUUUUCCCAUGUAGGCCAUUACAGAGUAUUGAGUAGAGUUCCCUGUGCUAUACAGCAGGUUCUUAUUAGUUAUCUAUUUUAUAUAUAGUAGUGUGUAUACGUCAACCCCAAUCUCCCAAUUUAUCCCUCCCCACCCCUUAUGCCCUGGUAACCAUAAAUUUGUUUUCUACAUCUGUGACUUGACUUCUGUUUUAUACCCUUCUGUUCAUUUGUACUCUUUUUAUUUUAGAUUCCACAUAUAAGCGAUGUCAUAUGGUAUUUUUUUUCUUUCUUUUUUUUUUUGAGUGGCUUGAACAAGAGACAUGUAUUUUCUCAUGUGCUAUAAGUCCAUCAUAAUCAAGGUUCCAGCAAAUCUGGUUUCUGGUGAGGGCUCUCUUCCUAGUUUUUGUCCCAGAAGUCACUGAGGUAUAGUAAAGUUCUUCAAUCUUUUCAUUUUUUUCUUUCUGUUCUUCAAAGUAAAUCAAUUUAA